AUGUCCAGAGAUAAACCACCUCAACGUGAGGUUGGCGGACGUCGGUUGCCCUACGAAAUGGGUUCGUUGAAGUUCGACGAAGACCCGUUCCGCGGACAGCGCCGGCGUCCGUGGAUGUGCUUCAGAAUCGGCUAUCCGACAAGCGAGUUCUCAUCAGAGCACUUCAUGAAAUUCGUGAAAAGGUGUCACACUUCGAUGAUAGAAGUAGGUAUUCUUCUCGAUGAUGAACGGGAAUUCCUGCAAUAUCAAGAAGUCAGGGAAGAUUAUCUUCUUCUGAAAAAGCUCAUCGAGGAAGGUCUGCAGAAGUGUGAAACGAUCUAUGAAAAAGGACCGCUGUCGACUCCGGUUGUUUUUUUCAUUUUAGACCAGUGCGACGAAGACGAAGUCCAAAACAUGCUGGAUAUGUUUAGGGAGUCUUGUUAUAUCUUCCAUAUGAAACGCAACGAAAUUCUCAACUGGAUCAACGAAAUGGAGUAUGAAGAACUGGAAAGUGACUGCUCUAAAUUUGCACAGUUCAUCAAAGGAGUGGAAAAUCUGACGGAAUCCAUCGCGAUGCCCAUGGAGGUAGAAACAGAAGAAUUCAUCUUUGGAAAGAGUUCGAUUGUAUCGACCGAAGACUUUGUUGAAGACGCCCCUCACAAGCAGAUCGCACAAGAUCAACGCGAAACAAGACCAAUUCGCCAACCGUAUUCAAUGGUCAGAAACCUCGCCCCCCCAGGGCUCCCGCCGCCUGGAAUUUCGAUUUCAAACAGUUCGCCUCCUGGAUUAUCUUCAGUUUCGCCAAUUCCCCGAGCAGAUACACGCGAAUCCCGUUAUUCCACCCCUCAACCACCCGGAUUGUCAAUUCCAGCACCACCUGGAAUAUCUCUUCCAACUCCACCAGGAAUAUCUCUUCAAAAUCAUCAGAAUGAUCAAUUCGAGCAAGCUCAUAGUACCAUUUCGAGAAUGAGCGAGAAUAGUUCAUCUUCGAGGCGUCGAUUCCGCGAUGAAGAAGUUCAGGAAGAAGAAGGAGAUCAUAUUCUAUCGUCUGAAGAUGUACAUGCUGCGCGGAACGUGUGUGAAACCAAAAUCCUUGUUAGAGGAGUUCCGCAAAAGAACGAUUCUGAGUUGUCCAAGCUCAUCAACGGAUCAAAACUAUACGUACGGUUCGAACGUCCGUUUGUAAAACUAGCUCACAAUCUAGAACUUCUCUACGUUGUCAAUUAUGCUAUCAGUUCUCGAAAAAGUAUUGUUCGGGAUCACAGUAAAGCAAUUAUUCGCGGAUUGUUCGAAAAGGAUUUUCUACUGAAGCUCAAAAGUAAAUUCCUGGAAAGCUCGUUUGACAAUGACACGUGGACUCCCGAGGGUACAGAAUUGCUAUUCGAAAUCUUUCAUUUGUUUUUCACAACGGCUCGAUACAAGGGUGGAUUCAUGCUGACACUUCCGAGAUUUGCGCCGUCUUGGCAUGAUUUCUCGAUGGCUUUCGAUAUUGCUGACAUGGAUGGACUUGAGGAAGCUGGUGUGGGUGAUGAUGAGCUUAGAAAUCUUAGGAGGCUGAUUGGUUACAUUGAAACAUGGAUCAAACGGGCAGAACGGGAACGAAACCCCAGUCCAUUGGCGCUGCGGUCAUAUUCAGUGUACGAAAAAGCUGGUUCUUCUGACAGUGGACGCCAAGUUUUAUCUGAAAGUCGAGGUGCAGGUUCCAGCAAUGUUUAUGGUCAUGACGAGGUGGAUUUCGUCGAUCACAGACGCAGAGACGAGUUCGGACAUCGUGAUAACUACCGGACAGAAAACCGUCGCCAUAAAAGCCCGGACAAUUUUGGAGAAGUUCACAGAAGGCUCGAUGAGCAACAACAACAACGACAUGAGGAUGAAUCAUCAAGAUAUCGCGAUGACUCGAGACAGUCUCGACGAGCAGAUGAUAGAAGAGAUCAAUAUCAGUACAACGAAUCAACAUCUAUGGAAAAUCACUUGGGGUUUCACAACGGCGGUGGCACCGUCAGUGAGCACUCACGAGAUGAUAAAUUCGUUUCGCCUCAAAAUUGUGAAGAAAAACGCAAAUAUUGCGAAGAGGACACAGAUGCGAAACCACAACAACCAUAUCGCUUUGAGGAGAUAAAAUUCGAACCAAUUUGGGUGAAAUGUGAAAAAUCAGAACCGCCAGAGGAUUUUAAGACGUUGCCUUCUGUUCCUGUUUUGUCCGAGUAUGUUAAUCCAGUAGAGCCCUAUCUCCGUCGGAUCCAAGAUGAUGGAAAAUACAAGUCUGUUCAUCACUACCUUGAUGUCCAAUUUCGUCUACUGAAGGAGGACUUAGUGAGCCCACUUCGAGACGGAAUUGAUUUGUACAAAAAGAAUGGAACUUGUAAAGGACGUAGAAUUGAAGGAGCGCCUUGUUCGGAUAUCUCAAUUUUCAAUGUCGAAAAGGUUGACGGAAAACAGGUUACUGAACGUGAUGGAUAUGAAAUGAGAAUCAUAUGGCCAGCACAAUACGAUAUUUUAAAGUUACUCGAUAACGAUCGUGAGAUGAAGGAGUUGGGAUUAGUGAUGCUUUCGUGUGAUAGAUUUAAAGAAGACUUUCAUCUAGGACACAUUCAAUCAUCAUAUUUGAUGAGAAAUGGCUCACUUCAUUUUGCUGUCCAUGAGGAAACGUCGCCUUUCAAACCGAACACAACAUAUCAAAUGGCGCAAGGAACAUCAUAUCUGCCGUGUUACAAGCAUGUUCUUGAGAACUUGAAACGUAUCAGCUCAUUCAAACCACUCCCCUUCGAAAGAUAUCUUGUCCAUGGUAGUAAGAUCAUUUUUCGGCCAAACUUUCAACAAGCUGAGAAAAGCGAGUAUCAGAUUUCCGAGGAGAAGAAGUUGAUGAAAACCUAUAAUGAACUUCGUUCUCUAGCAGCAUGUGCACGAUAUACGAAAGGAAAGCCUAUUCCUCGAGGAGUUGACGAUGAUGACGAAGAUUAUGAAUUUAGCAAGUCUCGUGAACUGUCAAAAGAGGAUAUCGAUCUCGAAUAUAGACAACUGCAAGAGCCGAUUUUCAGGCCUCUCGUAGGAGUUGAUAUAAAAGAUAGCAAUCUAAUCCAAAUCAACAAGAAAUGGUAUAACGUGUCCCGCCUUCUUGACGAAUUCCACCCCGAUUAUAUGGAUGAAAGCCAGAGAUUAGCAUUUUGCAACACAUUCAAAUACGAGCUUUCGUUGAUUCAAGGACCACCAGGAACUGGAAAAACGCAUAUUGGAGUUCAAAUUGUGAAGACUAUUCUCCAGAAUCGUUCAUAUUGGAAAAUCACCGAACCAAUCUUGGUGGUUUGUUUCACCAACUCCGGUCUAGACAAUUUGUUGGAAAGAAUCUAUCAAAUGAUUGAAAACGAUGAAGAACUUUCGAAAGAUAAUGGAAGGCCAAAGAUUAUACGGUUCGGAAGUAAAUGUGAUUCGAAUUAUCUUAAGCGACAGAAUGUGAUGAGGCAAGAUGUCUAUGAGCAGUACAAGUCAAAAGUGUCGGAUGGUGCUCAAAAGAAAAUGUCAAAGGCUGGUGCAGCUAGACGACAUAAAGCUGACAAUCUUGCGAUUUCUAGUUACACUCUUUUCUGCUCUAGGAACAAGCUUCUGUCUUACGAAAUGCUUUCUCGUGUGAUGGACCCGAAUCAUCAGAUGGAAAUUCAACAAUUUACAUAUGAUCACGUCGACACCAAAGGAAUUCCAUUGAGUCCUGACGAAGCAAUCGGUUGUUGGUUGUUAGAAAGAGAUUUCGGAAAAGCCACGAAAUCACAGACGAAGAAAGCGAAGAAACCGAAAUUCCAAGGUGCACAACUAGAUUCGGAAGACGAAAACAAAGACUAUUUCACGGUUGAGGAUAGCGAUGAUGAAGAAGAUGAAUUGGAUGACGAAAAGCUCUUGGAUAAACUUUUCGAAAAGAUGAAUCUCGAAUGCUCUGGAGCCGACAUCUUGAGUGCCGUCCACGCUUCCCACGCCGAUGAGUAUUAUACCAAAGGACCCUGGGAGAUUGUGCAAGACAAGCGACCAAGUGUGGUUGUUUUGAUGGAGAAGAAAACGAAACCGUGUAACGCAAAGUUCACCGUUGAUGAGCAAAUCAACAAUUUGGUCUCCGAAAUCAAGGACAUGAUUUUAUCAAGCCAACCAGUUCCAAAGAAGGAUUUGAACGAUAUCAAGUACAUUUUCAGUCUCGCCCGUUUGAAACGGUGGUCUUUGUAUAUUACCUGGUGUGAUGCCUUGAGAUCGAUUGUCACGGAAAAUCUUCCCAGACAGAUUCGGGAGUACCGAGAAGCUUGUGAAAACUUCAAAAAUGCUCAGAAUAGAGUGGAUGCAGAGAUCAUGAGAAUGACAAUGAUCAUCGGAGCGACGACAACCGGUUGUUCACGUCUUCGCCCUACUCUCGAGAAAGUUGGACCACGGAUUCUCAUUGUGGAAGAAGCGGCGGAAGUGCUCGAAGCUCAUAUUAUUUCGGCAAUGAUUUCAACUGUCGAGCAUGUUGUGAUGAUUGGAGAUCAUAAACAAUUACGUCCAAAUCCAGCUGUACAUGAAUUGGGAGUUGCGUACGGAUUAAGAAUUUCCAUGUUCGAAAGACUUGUGGAGCGUGGUUUGCCUUUUUCACAGCUCCGUCAACAACAUCGUAUGAAUUUAACCAUUUCUGAUAAAAUCGUCAAACUAUCAUUUUAUGAUAAUGUUACCGAUGCGGAAAAUGUUGGUCUUUAUCCAGAUGUUCAAGGAAUGGCUACCAACCUAUUCUUCUGGUCUCACACAAGUAUGGAAGAAAGUCCAGAUGAAGUAUCUUGGCUGAACAAACACGAGAUUUCCAUGACAGUUGCGCUUGUGAAACACCUGUUAAAGCAGAACUAUACCACCAAUGAUAUUGUUGUUUUGGCCACAUAUUCAGCUCAGAAGAAUUUGAUGUAUCGUGAAUAUGCAAAUGUUUUCGGAUCAACACCGGACUCAAAUGUCAUUCCAGUCGAAACUGUUGACAGCUUCCAAGGAAAGGAACGAAAAAUUGUUAUUGUGUCCCUGGUUAGAUCACAUCGUGGUGGAAGAGAAAACACUGGAAUCGGAUUUCUGGCUGUUGCCAAUCGAAUCUGUGUCGCAUUGACUCGAGCACAACACGGAAUGUAUAUCAUUGGAAAUGGCGCAUACAUUAUGAAUAAUUCUGAGUUAUGGAACAAAAUCGUCAACAACUUGAGAAGAAGCAAUCUGAUUGAAUACAACCUUCCACUCAAAUGUGUGGCUCACGGAAACAUUGUUACAGUUAAGGAUCCGCAAGAUUUCGCUACGAAAUCACCAGAAGGUGGAUGUAUGCAGAAAUGCGACACCAAGAAGUUCUGUGGACACGUAUGCGAGCGUCUAUGCCAUCCCAAUAUGGAAGAAGAACAUCUCCAACGAUGCCUUUACAAUUGCGACAAAAAAUGUUCAAACCCGCAGUUUCAACAUCGAUGUAAAAAGGCAUGCUAUGAAGAAUGUGGAAGUUGCUUGUACUUGGUGGAGGUUACAUUGGAUUGUGGGCAUAGAAUUACAACUCCAUGCAGUCGAAUUAACAGUUCAAAAUGCGAUCAAAGCUGCACUAAGAAACUGCUAUGUGGUCAUGCCUGCGCAGCAAAAUGUGGUGAAGAAUGUACACUUGUAUCGGAAUGCAGUCAGUUAGUCGGAAUGCCAUUGAGCUGUGGACACAUUAAGCAAUUAACUUGUUCGAAAAUAAGUGCAAAUGAAAUUGAUUUGACGUGUGAUCAGCGAUGUGAAAAAACGAUGUUGGCCUGCCCCCACAAAUGUGCUGAAAUUUGUGGUCAGCCAUGUACUGUUGAAUGCAUGGAGGUAGUUAAUGUAACAUUGGGAUGCUCUCAUUCUCAAGAUGUUGUCUGUUCGAGCUUCAUGCCAGGAAUGACGGAUCACAUCGAAUGUUUGACGAAAGUUCCAAAGACGCUCUCGCCUUGUAAACAUACGGAAUUGGUUUUGUGUAAGCAGGCUCCAUCAACAAAACUAUGCACAAGAAGAUGUACAUCAUAUUUGGAGAAGUGUGGACACACGUGCGAGAAUGAUUGUGGAAUUUGUUUCACGACCAAAACUCAUAUCUGUCAGAAUAUGUGCCAAAAAGUUCUCAACUGUGGUCACACGUGUUCGGCAAAAUGUGGCGAGUCCUGCCCACCAUGCAAAGCGUUCUGCACAAACAAAUGUGAACAUCAGAGUUGUGGUGCUGGAGAACGAGGAUUCGGACGCGAUUGCAGCAAACUAUGUGCUUUAUGUGUCAAUAAUUGCUCCAAUAAGUGCGCACAUCGUAGUUGUACUCUGAAGUGUUUCGAGGAAUGCAACGUGAAGCCAUGUACAGAACCGUGCACUGAUAAACUCAAAUGUGGACAUGCAUGUCUUGGUAUUUGUGGUGAGCAAUGUCCGAAAAUCUGUGGCACGUGUGAACGAAACAAAUACAUUGAAUGUGUUUCUGGCACCUCAAGUACAUCACGAGUUCAUCGUCUCAUCAUGAUUCCGAAAUGUUAUCACGUUUUUCCUGUGGAAGUUCUUGAUGAUCACGUCAAAAAACAAAAAGAAGCUAAUGAGAAGUUGAAAUGUCCCAAGUGUUCGGCGUUCAUUGUUGGAGUCUUGAGAUAUGCAAGAUACACUAAGAAGUAUUACUUGAAUGAGAACAUGAGAAAGCUUGAAUCCAAUAUUCGGAACAUCCAUCAAUCAACAUUAGAAGGAAGAGUUUUUCAAGCUGUUCAGGAUUCAAUUGGAGAAAUACGUAAUGUGACGACUAAUCUCACCAAUGCUUCGGAGGACAUUCUACGCAACUUCCAUCAAAAAAUUCUCGACAUUCGAACAUCAGCGGAAACAUUCAAAGGAAAGCCGGAGCACAAGUUCAAAUUUGCAUCCCUACUUCAAGUUGCAAACUGCUGCCUAGCUAUCACCAGACUUUUGUCGGUUUCAUCGAAGUUCCGAGUUUCCAGAAGAAAAGACAUUCCACCAACAUUCGAUCUGAUGUCAGUGAGAGUUUUAGGAGAUAUGCCAUUUCCAAAAUUGAUUGAUGAGUUGAAUCGAGUGAAUAUUCAUCUAUCGAAUACUUACGAAACGUUCAUGCCUGGUGCGAUUAUUCCAAAGCUGAAAUGGCUUAUUUCAAGAAUGACUGUUCUGCAGCAGCUCACUUCUAUGUGCCACCAAUUGGUUUUGGAAAAGAAAGACAUCGCGGAUUCAGAUGCUCAUGCAAUAAAUGAUGCAUGCCUGAACAUGUUCAGAUACAACGAGCAACAUAAUUACGCGCUUAAUAUCGAGAAUUUCGAGGCUAUCGUCGUCAAAGUUGCCCCAAAACUGCUCGAACCUACUCCAAAGUUCUGGUCAUGGAGAAGACUUCAAGUUCCAGAACUCUAG